GAAGAAACAUUGACAAAUUAUAUGAAGAUAUAGGAGAUUUCUCUAAAUGUGUGACUCAGAUGCUGACCCACACUUAGUGGGAUGCAGAGUACAGCAAGGAAAGCUGUCAGAAAUAUUAAAUUCUAGUACUUCUGUAAGUGAUCUAAGUGAGGCAGCCUCUGACAUGAGCCUGUCUACAUCACCUGGUAGUGAUAUUCCUUCGCAGACACAUAAAGACUUCAUACCACCAUCAUCUGCAAAUGUAAGCAUCAAUGCACAACAACCCAGAAAAAGAGUUGUUGUACGGCAGUUGUCAUCAAAUCCUUAUUUAACCAGUUCUGAGAUGUCUCCAUCAGACGAUCAUCCAGUUAUUGUCGGUUCUCAUUCUUUUGCUGCAGGAGACAGUAGACUUUAUGCUAAUGGAGGCUCAUUUCCUGAUAACUGUUUAUCUGAGCUACUGAGUAAAGAAUUAUCUCAGAAAGCCAAUUCUUAUCCUCUGACAUCAACCUGCUUUUGGGAGAGUGAUGAGGAAGAAGAUGAUAAUGGGAAUGAUGACCUCAAAAACUUGAAGCAUGUCAUACUAGACAAUAGUUAUAAAAAAUCUAAUCAUGACAUUGUAGUUGACAAAGUAACUCAAUUUCCUGGUCAGUUAAACCACAAAGAUACUUCCUUACUCCCUCCCAACAUACCCAGAGAAACACCCAAAGCAGGGGUUAGUCCUACAGCUUUCGACAGUGUACAAGAACUAAAUUAUCCAAAAAAUUACCUUCAAGAUCAGCAACUGGAACUUCAUGAGCAACAAUAUCUUUGCCAUCAGAGCCAUCAUCAUUUCCAUCACCAAUACCAGCAGCAUCAUGAUAAGCAAUCUCAUUCAAACAUACAACCUGAAAAUGUUGGCGAAAUCCUACCUGAAACUAACAAAAUCAAUGGGUUUAAACGACUUCCCAACCAGAAUGAGCACCAUUCGGGCAAUGUCACUGCUCAGCUAUAUUCCAACCAUCCACAAGACAUUGCUUCUUCCAGCCCUCCAAAAAGUCGAGAAAUAAACUCUUGGGGCCAUUUUUAUAAGCCUACUGCAGAAAGCCAUUAUAAAUACAGGCGUAGUCAUUACUCAAGUGACAGUGAAGAGGAAGAAAUCUCGUCUAAUAAAACAGAAGAGGCUAAAGAGAGCAGCACCAAAGUUUCCUUGUGCAAAACUCACAAGUUGCCAUGCAAAUGUAACCAUCAGGAUCGACCCGAUUCUCAGGUUUUUAUACACAAUAACAAUGCAAACAUUAAACAGGCUCGGGGCAUGGACAAAAAGUCAAUGACGCAUAAUGGUAUGAAACCCCAUGAAUUUAAGGAAAGAUUUCAGGUAAAUAUU